CCCCGCUCCUCGGGCACCGGCAGUCGCCCCGCGGCCUCGGCAGGCGGGCGGGGCCGGGCGGCGGGGCGCUGCCGGCCGGGCCAUGUCGUGGCGGGCGGUGCUCCUCUUCCUCCUCCUCGGCAUCUUCCUCCUCGACCCGGGCCGGGCCUCGGGCGCAGAAUCUUCUCUACAUCUACCAGCACCGAAGAAUGUAACAGUUUAUUCCUUUAACUUUUGUAAUUCCCUGAGGUGGUCUCCUGUUGAAGUGGACGGAGGCUCUGUGUCCUACACAGUCCAGCUUAAAACAGGUGCCUCCAACGAGUGGAGUGAGAUAAACUGCACCCGUAUCGCCCAGACUGAGUGCAGUUUCCUCCCGUUGGCAAAGACACGUCGCUGGACCGUUGUUCUGCGUGUGAGGGCUGAAAUGGGGCACAGGACUUCAUCCUGGGUGGAAACGGACAAGUUUGUGGCAGAGAAAAACACUACCAUAGGGCCUCCUGAAGUGAGUGUGAUUGUAAGCUCUGACUCCCUUCUCGUUAAUGUCACACCCCCUUUUCAACCUGAACCUGGAGAUUACCCUUUCCAGUAUCAUGUGUCCUACUGGGAGAACUCAACGAUUACUACUAAAAAAGAGAUAAAGACGAGCAAUACACUAUUCAAAAUUAAAAAUCUAAAGCAAUGGACACUUUACUGUUUUACAAUUCAAGUAGAAUUGAUAACAUAUUCAGAUUCCGGUUUGCUUGGACUGCAAAGAGCCCCGGUGUGUUACAGAACAACGAUCAGCGAGGCAGCCAAAGCUGGAUAUAUUGUACUCAUAUUUAUAUCCGUCGAUCUGCUUUUAAUUUUCAUAAUAGUUGGUUUCUUUUGUCUAUGGAGACACCAGAAAGCAAUUAAAUAUUUGUCCCGGCCACCUUUAAGAAUCCCAUCACACUUUGAAGAGUAUUUGAGAGACCCGAGCAUGCCUCAUUUAGAGAUGCUGGAGACCCACGAAGAAGAUCCCCGAGAUUCUAUAAUCAUUGUGUCUAUCGGAGAAGGAAGCAGCGCAUAUGGGGACAUGUUGGAUGGCAACACUUGUUCACGCAGCAGCUCCAGUGGACGUGAUGUGACUUAAGGGGCGCCUUUGUGAGAACACCUGUAUCCAGUUUUUUGCAGAAGCUCCUGCCUGCAAGCAGUGCUGCUCAGCUCCCACCAGGACAGACAACGAGCUCUGGACAAAAAGCAGCCACUAAGAAAUCCUGAGCAAGACUUUGCUUCCUGACAGUGAUGUGGAACCUGAGCCUUUUGUAAAGGAGUUUCUGCUAUGCUACAGCAGCAACAAUAUUCUUUCUGCCACAGACUUGAAAGGUGGAAUUUGAAGGCGAAAUGAACACUAAAUUGCCUUAAGACAGACAGCUGGGUACAAAUGACUGUAUCAUCAUCAUAUUCCCUACUCCUCCCCCCGAAGCCCAGCUUUGAGAAAUAACGGCACUUUAUUGUAGGAUCAAGUAUAACGAGGAAUUUUUAAAAUAAUUUUAUAGCGGCUUUCCUUUUGUUACUUUAUUUGUGAAAUCUGUGUUACUACUUACUUACUUACUUAAAGUGUAUUAUAGCCAAUCCGGUAUGCUUUCCCAACUAGUUUUAAAUUUGUCUUCCAUGACUGCUGCUUCAGACAAAAAUGGCGGUCUAGGAAGACACACCAUUGUACUUCCUCCUCCUCCUCAUGAAUACAUACAAAGAACUACUCCAAGAAAGGCAAGGGGCAGUUAAUUCUAUCCUCCUUGGAUCUGUGCGUCUUCAUACCGUCAUAAAAAGCAUUAAUCCAUGCCUGCAGUGAGACAGUCAUUCUUCACAGCAAUAAAAUUUAUAUAACUUCUGAGCAAAAUAAGAUGUCUUGAUAGUGAUCAGACACUAACAUUCUCUUGUUCACUAGCACCCCAGUUCUGCAAGUGCCAGGCUGACUGCAGGCUGUGGUUUCAGUACCUCGAAGCAGAAGCAGCAGAUCACAAAUUAAGCUUUACAUAAUAAUCCUGUGGGAGCUGGAAGGUGUCUAAUAACAUAAAAGUAACCGCUUCUAUAGUAAAAAGAUAGAUAGGUUUUAUCACAACAACGGUGACUUUUUCUCAUGUUUCAUACAAGUUUUAAAAAAUAAAUAUGCUUGGUUAUUUGCAA